GUCUGGGAGGCUGUUUUUCCUCUGUCUCUCGCUCAUGAAGGGCCGCACUAAGCUCCCUUCCCUCUGCCCGUGUGUGAAGUACAGGUACCAGGAUGAGGAGACGCCCCCCUUGGAGCACAGUCCAGCACAUCUGGCUCCAGGGAAAAGUGCCGAGAUGCUUCAUAUGAGCGACAAGAACCUCGCUGCCAUGGAGGCCAUACAUGGCUACACACCACACACACAUAUCUCUCCUGUCAAGCCUGUGUUGAUGUCUACGGGACACACUCCAAUGUACACCUCCGCUGUUUCCACUCUGGGAAAUACUCCUCCAGUGGUGGUGAACACUGACACACUCGAUGGCUCCCCAUAUGUUAAUGGAACAGAAGGAGAAAUUGAGUAUGAGGAGAUAACACUGGAGAGAGUGAGUGGUAACUCAGGCCUUGGCUUCAGCAUAGCAGGAGGAACAGAUAACCCCCACGUGGGAGACGACCCCAGCAUCUUCAUCACCAAAAUCAUACCUGGAGGAGCCGCAGCUCAGGAUGGACGGCUCAGUGUGAACGACUGUAUCCUAUUUGUGAAUGAUGUUGAUGUGAGAGAGGUGACACACAGCCAAGCUGUUGAGGCUCUUAAGGAGGCAGGUGCUAUCGUCCGCCUUUACGUUCUCCGCAGAAAACCAGCAGCUGAAAAAGUCACUGAAAUCAAACUCAUCAAAGGGCCUAAAGGAUUAGGUUUCAGCAUCGCUGGAGGGGUGGGAAACCAGCACAUACCAGGAGAUAACAGUAUCUAUGUCACCAAGAUCAUUGAAGGCGGAGCGGCUCAUAAAGAUGGCCGUCUGCAGAUUGGGGACAAGAUCUUAGCGGUUAACAACGUGUGUCUGGAGGAUGUGAUGCAUGAGGAUGCGGUGGGGGCUCUGAAGAACACAGCUGAGGUGGUUUACCUCCGGGUGGCCAAGCCCAACAACCUGUUCCUGACCAAUUCCUACAACCCCCCAGAUCUCACCAGCACAUAUUCUCAUAUGGAUACUGAACUCAGUCACCCCAACUAUCUUGGAUCAGAUUACCCACAAGCCCUCACUCCCACUUCACCCAGUCGGUUUUCGCCUGUUCUGCACGGCAUGAUGGGAGACGAUGACAUCCCAAGGGAUCCUCGCAGAGUUUUGAUUCACAGAGGCUCCACAGGUUUGGGAUUUAACAUUGUCGGAGGAGAGGAUGGAGAGGGAAUCUUUAUCUCUUUCAUCCUGGCAGGGGGACCAGCUGACCUCAGUGGAGAGCUGCACAAGGGCGAUCAGAUCCUCAGUGUGAACGGAGUGGAUCUGCGUAUGGCCACACACGAACAGGCAGCCGCAGCACUGAAAAACGCCGGCCAGACGGUGACCAUCAUUGCUCAGUACAGACCCGAUGAGUACAGCCGUUUUGAGGCCAAGAUCCAUGACUUGAGAGAACAGCUGAUGAACAGCAGCAUGGGCUCUGGGACCACAACGCUAAGGAGCAACCCAAAGAGAGGCUUCUAUAUCAGGGCCCUUUUUGACUAUGAUAAGACUGCAGACUGUGGCUUCCUCAGUCAGGCACUAGGCUUCAAGUUUGGGGAUGUGCUGCAUGUUUUGGACUGUGGGGAUGAGGAGUGGUGGCAGGCCCGUAAGGUCAGCCCCCAGAAUGAAGCUGAAGAGGUCGGCUUCAUCCCUAGCAAGCACAGGUCAGACAUGACAUUGGUUGAAAGGAAAGAGUGGUCUCGUGUUAACACCAAAGAGAGGGACCAUGGUCGAGACAGCCUGGGCACUCAGGGGAGAGAUAAAACCUCACACAGUUAUGAGACUGUCACCCAAGUGGAAGUUCAUUACGCGAGGCCCAUCAUCAUUCUGGGUCCCGUCAAAGACAGGAUAAAUGAUGACCUGUUGUCUGAGUUCCCUGAUAAGUUUGGAUCUUGUGUUCCCCACACCACGAGGCCCAAGAGGGAGUAUGAGGUGGAUGGGCGGGACUAUCACUUUGUGUCAUCACGGGAACAGAUGGAGAAAGAUAUCCAGAGUCAUCGGUUCAUCGAGGCGGGCCAGUACAACAGUCACCUGUAUGGCACUAGUGUACAAAGUGUCCGUGAGGUGGCUGAACAGCAGGGGAAACACUGCAUCCUGGAUGUAUCCGCCAAUGCUGUGCGCAGAUUACAAGCAGCUCAGCUUCAUCCCAUCGCCAUCUUUGUCCGGCCCAAAUCCCUUGAGAAUGUCCUAGAGAUCAACACUCGCCUGACAGAGGAGCAGGCCAGGAAAGGGAUGGACCGAGCCCUCAAACUAGAGCAAGACUUCUUAGAGUGUUUCUCAGCUGUCGUGGAAGGGGACAGCUUUGAAGAAGUCUAUCACAAAGUAAAGACAGUGAUCGAGGAGCAAUCAGGGCCUUACAUCUGGAUCCCCACUCGGGAGAGGCUGUGAUGCUGCGCCCCGCGAACCGCUACCCCCUUUUUUCCUCUUCACGACCACCGAUCGACACACACCACCCUUCACCCUCACAGCGGAGCCAGCCUCGCCUUGCCUCGCCACGCCUGCCUGUCUGUCCUCCAGCAAAGUCAGUGCUUAGGCAAUCACUGGGAAUGACACAGAGAGACUAACGCAUACCAAGACAAACACAGAGACAAACACAGCGAGGAAAAGGAUACCAAAACAGAGACACAGAGACGGAUGCGUACGCAGUAAUUAGAUGGAAAGAGACAGAGAGAAAGACUUAAUUAAUGUUCCACUUUAAUGAGCCAGGAUUGAGUGUUGAGGCCCUGUUCACACUUGGCAUUAAAAUGCAUCUUGGCUUCAAGUGGACAGCUCUAAAUACAUCUGUUGCUGCUUAAAUGCCCUGCAGAUUUAGCGCUGCAUAACAUCUUAGUGUGUACUGUUUUUAGAUAAAAAUCCAAUCUUGAGCUAAUAUUUGAAGGAUCUUUGAUGACUUCUAAUGCCCGGCGUGAACUGCAGCCCCCCUCACCUGGCUCUAAACAAAGCCUUGAUAUAUCUUAUACCUUAACAGGGCUAGAAAGAGGGUGAGCUGAGGUAUUAUUAAACCACCUCAUCCUCCUUAGCCCUUUUCGAGUCUCAUGUCCCUCCUGAACGCCUCCAACCACUUACGUCUGACAUGGAGGUGCCCCCCAGAAGACUCUGGCCCCUCUUUUUAUAUCACCUCCUGGCUUCCUCUCCUCUUCCUUCUCCUCCUCCUGUCAGCGCUGCCUUGUUUCAGGACAGGGACAGAGGAAGACCGAGUAAAGGGGCGUCCAGAGUCCCUUUUGACGUGGAUUCAUUUCUCAAGCAGUCCUCUUUGAGUGAGAUCACCUCAGCGACUAAGACUGACAUUUGCUCAAUCACUCAUGUUGAAUAUCGCCAGGUAUUAUUUAAAGGAAGUUCAAAUAAUUAUAAUGAUUAAACUCAUAUGCUGAAUUUGUGCAUGCAUCCUCAAAGACGGUGGCGAUGGGAGUGAAAAAAAGGGGAAAAUCGUACAAAGAAAAGAAUAAAAGAAGGAGAUGAAAGGCAAAUAAUAAGGGUGGGUUCUCCUUCUCCACCUCCUUAUGGUGGAGGAGUGUUUUUUAGCAUGAACGAAGAAAUAGAAGAGAGACACGGUCAUUGGAAAUGGUCAUGAGAGGCCGGUCUGGAGCGCCAAUGCUCUGACACUUUUGGCCUCUGCUCUCUUAUGCACACACACUCACGCACCCACACACUAUAACACCCAUCCACACACAAACAUAUACUGUAUAUGUAGAGUUGUAACCUCUGCUGUAACCUAGCACACU